UAUGUAUAUGUAUGUGCGUGCGUGUGCGUGCGUGUGCGUGUUACCCUGACACUGUGUGGGCUGAGAUGACUCUCUUUAUUACACACUUGUAGUUUGACUGUUAUUGAGGACUAUUUCGCUUUAUAAGGACUGAAUUCCUGUUCGUUAUAGAAGGUUUUGUAGGGGAAAUGGUGGAACUCAGGAGUUACUGCGAGCCCGGUGUCUCUCUGCAGCGAGUGUGGACUGAUGGUGGCUUUACGCCCUGCUUCUUCUUCACACUUGUCCCCUCUGUCCUUGGGACACUCGCUGUCCUUCUCGGCACCCUCCACUGUGUGUGCUACACUCGCUAUGGAACUGACAUGGAGCCCCGAUUCGUCCCUCGUUCCCGCCUUUACAAACUACAACUGGCUCUCUCGGUGCUACUGGGCCUUCAGGCCCUGGUCUGGAUGAUAUUCCGCAUGGUACGGGACACCCCGCUGGCAGGGUAUGUGGUUCUCUGUGGCUGUCUCUAUACCCUGGCAUGGGUGUGGGCGACUGUACUGCUGAGAAUUGAGAGGAAGAGGGUUCUAGUGCAGGACAGGACGAGAGGACACAGUGCCGUGCUGCUGCUGUACUGGACAGCGGCUUUCGUCGCUGAGAACCUGGCAUUUGUCUCCUGGGAGAGUCCCAAGUGGUGGUGGCAGCUCAAGGACCAAGAGCAGCUGGUGGAAUUUGCUUUCUGGCUGUUUCGCUAUAUUUGCUGUGGUACGUUGUUCUUUGUUGGCCUCAAAGCUCCAGGACUGCCGCGAAGACCCUACACACUCCUCAUUAACGAAGACGAGCGUGAUGUGGAAAGUGGUGGACAGCCUUUGCUAGGUGGCGCAGCACAGAGCCAGUCUGCAUGGAGGGACUUUAGAAAGAAAGUUUAUCUCCUAGUGCCGUACAUGUGGCCGCGCGGCAGCGUCGUCCUCCAACUCCUCGUCCUGCUCUGUCUCGGCCUGUUGGGAGCCGAACGCGCCAUCAACGUCUUCGUGCCAGUCUACUACAAAAACAUAGUUAAUGAACUGACAGGAGAAAGUCCUUGGAAGACUCUGGCCACCACAGUGUGCAUCUAUGUCCUUCUGAAGUUUCUGCAGGGAGGCGGAGCUGGUACUUCAGGCUUCGUCAGCAACACGCGUUCAUUCCUGUGGAUCCGCGUGCAGCAGUACACCGGCCGCGUGGUGCAGGUUCGCCUCUUUGCCCACUUACACUUGCUGUCUCUGCGCUGGCACCUGCAGCGGCGCACCGGGGAAGUCCUGCGCAGCAUCGACCGUGGGACCUCCUCCAUCGACAGCUUGCUCAGCUACAUUGUGUUCAGCAUCAUUCCCACAAUCGCCGACAUCGUCAUCGCCAUCAUCUUCUUCACCUCCAACUUUAACGCCUGGUUUGGCCUCAUCAUCUUCGUCUGCAUGGCGCUUUACCUCACUCUUACCAUCAUCAUCACUGAAUGGAGAACGAAGUACAGACGAGAAAUGAACACACAGGACAACAACACCAAGGCCAAAGCAGUGGACUCCCUGCUGAACUUCGAGACGGUGAAAUACUACAACGCAGAGGAUUACGAAGUAAACCGCUUCGAGGAAGCCAUCCUGAAAUAUCAGUCGUUGGAGUGGCUGACGAAUGCGUCUCUGGCGCUGCUGAAUCAGACCCAGAAUCUGAUCAUCGGCUCAGGGCUGCUGGCCGGCUCUCUGCUCUGUGCGUACUUCGUCACCGAGGGCAAAUUUCAGGUUGGAGAUUAUGUUCUGUUCGGGACUUACAUCAUCCAGCUGUACACACCUCUCGGCUGGUUUGGCACAUACUAUAGGGUCAUUCAGAAAUCAUUCAUCGACAUGGAGAGCAUGUUCAUGUUGUUUAAUGAAGAACAGGAGGUGAAGGAUGACGUGAACGCUGGAAUGCUGCACUACAAACAGGGAAAGGUCGAGUUCGAGAACGUCUCCUUUAGCUACAUUGAAGGGAAAGAGAUUCUGAGGGACGUCUCGUUCACGGUCCUGCCCGGACAAACUGUAGCACUCGUGGGUCAGUCCGGCUCAGGGAAAAGCACCAUCAUCCGUUUACUCUUUCGUUUCUACGACGUUCAGGGUGGUUGUAUCCGCAUCGACGGCCAGGACAUUACCAAGGUGAAGCAGGCCUCGUUACGUACCCACAUCGGUGUCGUGCCCCAGGACACCGUCCUCUUCAAUGAUAACAUUCGUGAAAAUAUCCGUUACGGUCGAAUCUCCGCCUCCGACCAGGAAGUGGAGGACGCUGCCAUCGCUGCUGACAUCCACGACAAAAUUCUCUCUUUUGCCGAUGGCUACGACACACAAGUAGGAGAGAGGGGUCUGAAGCUGAGUGGAGGAGAGAAGCAGAGAGUAGCCAUUGCUCGCACCAUUCUCAAAGCCCCUCAGAUCAUCCUGCUGGAUGAGGCCACGUCUGCCCUGGACACACAGACCGAGAGAAACAUUCAGGCCUCGCUGGCGAAAGUGUGCGCCAACAGAACCACCAUUGUGGUGGCACAUAGGUUAUCAACCAUCAUCGGAGCCGAUCAGAUCCUCAUUCUGCGGGAAGGUCGGAUCGCUGAGAGAGGGAGACACGAGGAGCUUUUGGCUAAAGGAGGGCUCUACGCUGACAUGUGGCUCAAACAGCAGCAGGCCUCUGACUCGGACUCGGCCUCCGACUCGGAAACCAAAGACAGACUUCCUGAGAAACUCCAUCCCCCAGGACACGGGCAUCACUGAGCCAAACACUAUGCGCAUUUUCAUCCGAAGCCAUUUUAUACAGAAGAGAACAUUUUUAUAGAAUUCUGCACAAAUCUACGACGUUUAAAGUCACGUAGUUGUAUAAUCACAGGGUAACGUACGUUUCUCAGGAAUUUAGGUUCUCUCGCGUCACUGCAUUAACAGUGCAGUCUUUACUUUGAUUCCGUUAUAAGAACAACAAAAUUUUCACGUCACAGUUGACGGGGACGAGAAAACUACAGAUAUACCGAGCUCUUUUAUUGACUUGAUACAUGGUGGUGGAAGCGUCUGCUUAUAGGUUUUAAUAUAACUGAAGCAAGGGAUGAAUUCGUUAUAAGCCGAAAGCGUUGAAGUGUAGAGAGUUGCGAUACUUCUGUACGAGAACAAUACCACAUGCUGGAGAAUUUAGUAGGUCAAUCUUUCCAAUUUGAAAGAAUUUGUGUUUAGCUGUUUUGCUUACUUGACACAUGGUGGUAGUAUUUUCAGAUUUCUGUUGUUGGGAGUUUUUCCCAUAAAACGUAAGAUUGGUUGAACGAUGCUCAGUUUGAUCACAAAGAGUUGUUCUUUUGUUUAUUUGUUUGUUUUCAUCUCUGCAUAAAAUAACAAAAUAAGAGUUCAGUUACGUAGAUAUUUGAAAAAAAAAAACACUAACCAAUUUAGGUCAUUUUUUUAUUGUGUGAUUGAAACCAGUAAACAUGACACUCGCAAGCUAGGAGAUUUUAAGCUAGGUCUAAUUUAUUGUCUAAUUAAAUUAAAACAUUGGCAUGAUGAAGUGUUACUUUUUGUUGGUUUCGUUAAUCUUUGUCUUUUUACGUCUGAUUAUUUUUUUCUUAUAUUAGGUUUAGUUAACUAGUUAUUCAGUUCAUUAGUACGAAAUGAUGUUUAUUUAAAUUUCUAUAUUUUAGGAAUUUUAUAAAUAAACAUUUCACAUAUUUAUCGCGUGCAACUGACUUUAAUAUAGAAGAGGUGGUAAAUAGGAAUAAAAUAAAAGAUUACAUAAAGUCGAUGUUAUUGACAUUUGAAAAGGACACUGGUGCAUUUAGACGGGUUUUUACUUCUAUCUGAGUAGUUUUAUUGUUCAGCCAGCUUGUGUCAUUAUGAGUUAUGUUAUAGUUAAAUAAAGCAGUGUGUGUAUAGGAGUGUGUUCAGAGAUGAAGACACGACACAAACAUACACACACACCUUCUGUUAAGACAAAUGGGUGUGUUUAAAUGUAGAGAUUAGCUACACAGCAUAGAGUUAUCAGCAUCUGAGUUUGACAGAUAACAUUUACUUCUGUCAAAUGUGAUCUUUUUAUGAAUAUAGUGAAGCGAUUUUUUUUGUUUUGUUUUGUUUUGUUUUUUUGCUGUUUAGUGGUAUUUGUGUGUAUGGUGGACCAGAUCUGCCGAUAGGGAAAAAAUUAAAUAUUAAAUAAUUGUAAUUAAAAUCAAAAUGGAAAUAAACUUGAAUUCAGUUGCUGUCUAUUAAUUAAAAUAUAUUUGAAAAAAAAAAUACAGGGAAUAAAUUAAAUAAAAAUGUAAAGAAAUAUAGAAACAUCAAGGAAAAAACUGAUGUAGACAAUUAUUUUCUAAUCCUGUAUUCAUUUAUGUAUUUUUAUGUAUUUAUUUUUUUCUCAAUACAAUUAGAUGAUCAGGUCCUUUAUAAACAUGCACAGGAUUUAUGUAAGAAGAUUUAAAAGAAAUUCUGAGAGAAAAAAAAUUAAGUUCUCAUUUAACGUGCAUUAGAUAAGAGCCUGAUAUGUUUAAUGUAAAACAAUUUGCAAAUCUGAGACUCAUUUACAUAUUUAAAAAAAAAAAAAAGAUGAAUGAAUGAAUGAAUGAAAAUGGCCUGCCUUGUCUUGUAAAAGAUUUGUUUGAAUAUUGUGUGAGUUAUUUUGCAUAUUGAAUUUUAUUUAAGUUUAUUUAUUUUUAUUGAUGUAUCUCGAGAUCACGGGUUUAAAAA